AUGAUGUCCCUGGGUGUCAGUAAAGGAGGGAUCCUCCCCCCCACGGACGAGGACCGGCGCAGGAUCAUCAAGCAGAUGAAGGUUCGCACCACGCUGAGAGGGGACAAGAGCUGGAUCCACCACCACAACUCGGACUCUGAGGAUGAAAAGAAGAGCAACCCCCUGUCUGGCCGGGCCGGUGGGGGAUCCCCAGCCCCAAAACCUGUUGCUCCCCAGAAUGACAGGUCACCUUCCUCCAAGCCCCAGUCCGGUUACCUCAUCAGGGGGGUGUUCACCAGGACCAUCGACAAGGCCUCGGCCGCGCCGGAUUCCUCCUCUCCUAACCAAGCACAGAAAAGCAGUUCCACGAAGGGACAGAGCCCGGGCCGGUCCCCCUCUGGGUACAGGAUGACCACUGAGGACUACAAGAAACUAGCUCCUUACAACGUCAGGCAGAGAUCCGUGGAUGGGGAUGAGGAGGACGUGCCUUUUUCUCCAGAUGAACACAAGAAGAGGACUGAGGCUGCCAACAGUGUCCUGCGGCGCUCGGCCGGCCGCGAGCGCGCCUACGUCCUGUCGGCAGCCAAGAAGAGCAACGGCAGCCCAACACAGGAAUUCCCACCCUUGUUUGCCAAGAGGAUUGAGAUAGAAGAGGAGGAAGGACAGCAGAGGAGGAGCCCAAGCGUGCCGGGUUCCCGCCGGUUCUCCCCGGGUGACAGCAGUGCUAAUGGGCUAAGGAAAACCACCCCUGGAUCUUCCUGGGAUGAGCCAAAGGCAGCAGCAGCCUCUCCCUCCAGCCCCACAACAGAGGGCAGGAGCCAAACAUCCCCAUCCCUGAGGGAAUCCCCAGGGAGAAGCUCCCCUUCUGCUGGGAUCAGGAAUGGUGAGGACAGCCAGGCCCUGAACGGGAAAUCCUCCUGGGAAGCUGUGGCACAGCGUGGGGACGGUGACAGAGCUCUGAAGGAAAAGCCUGAGCCCUUCCCAUGGGAUGAGACCCACAGAGCCACCGUGGCUUCCACCAAUGGAAGUUGUGUCUCUCCUCUGCAGUUUCCCGAGCGCUCAGAAGCCAACGAUGGGUUUUACCCACCCAAGUCUAGCUCUGAUUCCAGGGACAGGCCUGUGGAUGCUGUGGACAAGCUACUCCAUCACUACGAGCCCUCUCCUGCCCUGGAUGUUGGAAGGUCCAGCUUGCAGUCUGAUGGCCCUUUUCCUCCCACUGAGAGAGUCCCUGUGCACAGAGAGGACGUGGAAUAUUCCUUUAAAAGGUCUGUCCUGGGAUACGAGGAGAGGAGCAGCUUCACGAGUCCUGAGAGCCCAGCACAGCUCCAGCCCCACUGGAAUGAGUUUUCAGGCUCAAGCAGCCUCACUGAGAGGGACCAGGGACCUCCUGGCCGUGGUGCCCACCCAGAGCUGCCCAGGGCACAGGAACCCACUGCCCAUGAGCCCAGCGUGCUUGGGUCCCAGGACAGCCCUGGUGGCAGCAGGGACACGGACAAGGGGAUGUCAUUCCACGUGCAGAGCGAAGAAUCCACGGAAAGAAGGUCCAGCUCUGGACCUGGAGGAAGCAGCGUCCCUGCUCCAGAGACCCCACGUGCCGACGAGUCCGAGCCACGCCGGGACAGGAUCACUCCAGGCUACGAGGAUCGAACCAUCCCCAGCACAGAUGGUCCCCAGGACUGGAGGCACAGUGAGCCUGGCCCAGGGACAGCCAGCAGGUCUGACUUCAGCUGCAGAGAGAGUGUUCCCAGUGCACAGGAGAGCCAGCACCCUGUGCCCCUGUCCCAGGACCCCCAGCCCUUCUUUGGGACAGCUCCCAGCCACAGGAUUCCUGCCUACGUGGACAGCCAAGUGCUGAGCACCAGGAGGUGAGGGUUUGGGGAGGGAGGGUUUGGGGAGGGAAGGUUUGGGGAGGGAGGGGCACGUUCAGAGCCUGAGACUGCACCACUUCCUUCCCAUAGCCAUGAGUCCAUUCCCAGAGAUCCCAGCGUGGCCAUGGCCCAGAGGAGCCACAGGGUGCCCUUCUACAUGGACAGCCUGAACUAUAACAGCACCAGGCUCCUCUCUGGUUCCAGUGAGAGGCUCUCCGGGUUCCAUCCUGACUCCAGCACUGCCGGGAGGGGGAUCCUCUUUGUGAAGGAGUACGUGAACACCGGCGGGUUUUCAGCCUCCCCGCGCUACGGAAGUGGCAGCCUUGUGGAUCUGACUGAUGUGGACAGAGGCAGCUACAGCCACCACAGUUACCUGGCCAGUGCUCCCCUGCACAGGUCCAGUGACCCCGUGUGCAGUUACUGCAGCCGCGAGAUCCGAGACUGCCCCAAGAUCAUCAUAGAGCACCUGAACAUCCACUGCCACGAGUACUGCUUCAGGUGUGGAAUUUGCCACAAAGCGAUGGGAGAUCUUCUGGAUAAAAUAUUCAUCCACCGGGACAUCGUCCACUGUGACAAGUGCUACGAGAAGCUCUUCUAGGGUUCUGCAGAGCUGGGAAGGCUCUGGAAGUCCCCAGCAGCGCUGGAAUAGAGCUGGCAGCUCCUGACUGGCCAAGACAGCAGAAUUGCUGCUCCUGCUUUCCUGCAGUUCUUUCCCCUCUCGCUGCCCCCUGGCCACGAGUGAGUUCAGCCCCUGUCACCGUCACCUGCACGGAGACAGCGAUGGCAACGAGGCAGGGCAGCCUCAUCCUCAAAGAUCGGGUUUUCCAAAGGUGCUGGGAGUCAGGCAGAGCUCCUCAGGUUUAUGGGAGCUCGUUGCCACAAGCCUUUUUGGGUUCUCUUUUUCCUUCUUUCCCACGUGCAGCCGGGCUGUGGGAGCUGCCACAUGGGCAACUGAGAGCCUUCAACACUAAAUUUGGAUUCUUGGGAAGGGUUUGAAUUUAGUUCUUAGCAAAAGCCUGUUUCUGCUGCUUUCCCCCCCAAAUUCAGCCUAGGAAUAGCUUCUGCCUGAUUUCCAUUUGCUUUCCAUGGGAUUCCAGGAGCACUGGCAGAGUGGCUGUACUCUAAUUGUGUGUCAGCUUUAAUUCCUCUUCUGCCUCCUCUCCAGUGCUGCCUGUUUGGGAAGAUAACACUGUCUUUUUUAACCCAACUCUGAGGGCAGGUGUCUCCAUUCCCUCUCCCAAAAAGAGCUCCACUGAAAU